UUCCUCCCCACACAUUCCUGCACUCGCCUGCGUCCACACUGCCCCAUUGACUCAGCCCUAUGCCCAGUGCCCCCCUCACUUCCUGUAAGCCCCUGGAUCUAGGUCUUGCCACAGUGCCAGCAGGCAGCCCUGGGUUGGGGGAGCAGGGACACCUUACAGGGCACACAGCCCUAAGAUCCUACGAAGGCUACCCCUCAAAGGUAGCUGGACACCUCAGUGGCCCAUUUAGUGCUUCACCUGCCUCCACCUCUGCUGGUCCCUGGUCCCUCUGACCCCCCCGGAUGCCUGGCUGAGACCGACGCCUCCUCCUGACCCCAAAGGUAGCCCCUCAGCAGAGGAGGACUCUGGACACAAGGCAGCUAAGGGAUUCAGCCACAGACCCCAGUAGUAGCAGCAGCAGUGGCGGUGGCGGCAUGGGCAGCGCCAGCCCAGGCCUGAGCAUCAUGCCCUCCAGCCGCCUCCUGUUGACCCCUGACACCGUGUUGCGGACAGAUCUGGAGAAGGUGGCAGGGGUUUCGGUGGGGCCUGAGAGACAGGAUUGGAGCCCCAGCCCACCUGCCACUCCUGACCAGGGCCUAUCCACCUUCUACCUCUCCUACUUUGACAUGCUGUAUCCAGAGGACAGCAGCUGGGCAGCCAAGUGCCCUGGGGUCAGCACUCGGGAGGAGCCACCCAAGGAGCCUGAGCAGUGCCCAGUCAUUGACAGCCAAGCUGCAGGGGGCAGCCUGGACCUGUCACAGGGUGGGCUGGCCCUGGAGGAGCACUCACUGGAGCAGGUGCAGUCCAUGGUAGUGGGUGAGGUACUCAAGGACAUCGAGACUGCCUGCAAGCUUCUCAACAUCACGUCAGAUCCCGUGGACUGGAGCCCUGGCAAUGUGCAGAAGUGGCUCCUGUGGACGGAGCACCAGUAUAGACUGCCACCAGUGGGCAAGGCCUUCCAGGAGCUAGGGGGCAAGGAGCUGUGCGCCAUGUCGGAGGAGCAGUUCCGCCAGCGCUCGCCCCUGGGUGGGGAGGUGCUGCAUGCCCACCUGGACAUCUGGAAAUCAGCGGCCUGGAUGAAAGAGAGGACUUCCUCUGGAGCACUUCACUACUGUGCCUCUACCAGUGAGGAGAGCUGGACUGACAGCGAAGUGGACUCGUCCUGCUCUGGGCAGCCCAUCCACCUGUGGCAGUUCCUCAAGGAGCUUCUGCUCAAGCCCCACAGUUAUGGCCGUUUAAUCCGGUGGCUCAACAAGGAAAAAGGCAUCUUCAAAAUUGAGGACUCAGCCCAGGUGGCCCGGCUGUGGGGCAUCCGGAAGAACCGCCCCGCCAUGAACUACGACAAGCUGAGCCGUUCCAUCCGCCAGUAUUACAAGAAGGGUAUCAUCCGGAAGCCAGACAUCUCCCAGCGCCUUGUCUACCAGUUUGUGCACCCCAUCUGAGCUCCAGGUGGGAGGGCUGGGCCCUCGGUCUCAGCCUCUCAGCAGACCUCCCGCCUGCCUGCCCCUGCUUCCCCUGAGCUGGGGAAGGGACUGUCUGCUGGCUUUGAGUCCAAGGCCAGGGAAAGGACUGCCCACCACUCCCAGGGGUGUACAUGACUCUAUGGCUCAGCGGGAGUGGGCCUAGGGGGUGAUUCCCCUUGAGACCUGACUGCUCAUGUACCCCAUCUGUUGGAGGAAGGAGGGAACCAGGGUAACCUCAGUGUUUACUGCUCCCCGGGAGGGCCCUCCCUCCACCUAGACUGUGAUUCCAGACUCUCCAGAGCAGAGCUGGCAGAAUGGCAGUGACCUGUUCAAGGUCAUUUGCAACCCACUGCUCUCUGCCACCCAUUCCACAUCAUGCCUGGCAUGGUGCUAAGAGACUUUCGCAACCCUGAGUUGGGGAUCCAGGGAUGGAUAAUAAAGGCCCCAGAGAACCAA